GCCGCCGUCACCAUGACGCGCUCCAAGACCUUCCAGGCCUACCUGCCCCACUGCCAUCGCACCUACAGCUGUAUCCACUGCAGGGCCCACCUGGCCAACCACGACGAGCUCAUCUCCAAGUCUUUCCAGGGGAGUCAAGGCAGGGCUUACCUCUUCAACUCAGUUGUGAACGUGGGGUGUGGACCGGCGGAGGAGAGGGUGCUGCUCACAGGUCUCCACGCCGUCGCUGACAUCUAUUGUGAAAACUGCAAGACCACUCUGGGCUGGAAAUAUGAACAUGCUUUUGAGAGCAGUCAGAAAUACAAGGAGGGCAAGUUCAUCAUUGAAUUGGCCCACAUGAUCAAGGACAAUGGGUGGGACUGCUGAAGGGAACACUGUGUGUGUGUGUAUGUGUG